AUGGAUUUGACGGUGGGGAAGAUGAGGCGAGGGGUGUUGAGUCGAGGGAGUCUAGCAGUUGUGACGACAGAAGGAGGCACAAUGUGCGAUAAGAGAACUGAAUGGAAGGGUGUUGCGGAAAACAAGAUGACGAUGAGGAUGGUGAGGGAGCCCGAGGAUAAGGCGACAGACGACAGACGACAGACGACAGGCGACAGGCGACAGACGAGAGACGAGAGACGAGACGCGUGGGCGGAGGAAAGAGCUCUGGAGAGCAGCAGAGAGACAGGAGAAGAAGGAAUGGGACCGGGGGGGAGAGGAGGGGGAGGGAAGGAGAGAGACUUUGUGUGGGGGAGGGGGGGGGGGGGGGGCCCCCUGAUGGAAGAAAAAGAGGGGAAAGUUUUUUAUAUUAAAACCUGGAAAGAGUGA